GUUGUAUCUCCUUUUCCACCUUCUGAUAAAAUUGGAAUAAACUCUGUACAAAGGGAAGCUGAAGAGAUACUGCCAAUGAAACAGAUGAAAAUGGACUGGGUUCCAUAUAUACCGUUGGAAAAUAGGGAAUCUCAAGUUGAAAGACUCAAAUCCCAAAUUUUUAUUCUGAGGUGUACUCAAAGAAGGGCUGGUUUAAAACACUUGAAGCUGGAGCGAGUGAAGAAGUUUGAAUAUUGCUUACCUUAUUUCUAUCAGCCAUUUGCAGAAGAUGAACUUGAACAGAGCACCAUCGUGCAGAUCUUAUUCCCAACAGAACCGCCUGUGUUUUGCGAGUUUGAUUGGGAAUUUGAUGAGCCAGAGGAAAUGGCAGACAAAUUAGUUGAGGCAGAGGAGUUAGCGGCAGAUAAAAAAGAUGAAUUUAUGGAAUUUGUGAAGGAGAAGGUUCGUGAAGGAAAGAAGAAUAAUCGAGAGGCGAGAGAAGCCAGGAAAAAAGCUAUACAGGAGAUGAGCGAAGAAGCUAAAGCUGCAUUUCAAAGUAUGAAGUUUUACAAAUUUUAUCCGAUGCCCUCACCUGAUGCGCCUGAUGUAUCUCAGGUCAAGUCUCCAUUCAUAAACAGAUACUAUGGAAAGGCUCACACAGUUUUCUGAAUGAUGCAUCAAAAAUAUAAGUGACUAUAUUGUUGAACCAUGUACCUUUGGAUGCCUACUUUGGAGCUGCAUGAUGGAAUCAUACUACUCAACUUAAGCUUGUACCUUGAAGCAACCAUUUGGAUUUAUGGAACUAUUUGAGGAUGUAGAAGAUGCACAGAAGCAAAAUGUAGUUUCUUUGUCUCAACCUUAUAGGUAGAGUUCAGUAAAAAUUUUUGGCAACGUGUUCUUGUCUUCGCUAACUGAAAUUUUUUCCUCAUUUCGGAUACAAAUGUAAUCCUUUUCUGCUGAAGCUUUAGUUAUCAUGUUCACCCCUACGAACAAUAGGAGCUGCAAUUACAGUUGGUUCCCAGUUCGACUUUGAGCUAUAAAUUUUUAGUUUCAUAUAAACUUGAGUGAAUGUUGUAUCCACUCAUGAUGAUGUUUUCUUCUGAUAUGAUACUUAUGUGAGCAUGGCUAAUACUUAA